AUGCAGACAGACCCCUCCCAGGGUGGGGGUGCUGGCCUGGGCAAGUCCCGCCCAAAUAAGGAGGAAGAGGAGAGGCUGCGGAGGAAGCUCCUUGAGCAGCAGCGUCUGAAGGCGCGAGCCAAGGCGGCUGGCAGGAUCCAGGCCUGGUGGCGUGGCACCCUGGUUCGCCGGACCCUGCUGGUGGCCGCCCUGCGUGCCUGGAUGAUUCAGGUCUGGUGGCGGGCGCUGCAGUGGCGGCGGGUGCAGAAGCUCCGGCAGGCCCUGCUGAAAGCCUACGUGAUCCAGGAGCGGGCGGCGGUCAGGCUCCAGUCCUGGGUCCGCACGUGCCAGUGCCGAGAGCGCUACUGCCAAGUGUGCAACGCCCUCUGCCUCCUCCAGGCCCCCAGGCACUGCCUCCCCUUGCUGGCCGAGGACAGGCCGCGGGUGGAGCCCGCCGCGGCCGCUGCCAAAAGGCUGGAGUUCCACGUUGAAAUCCUGUCCAUCUGA